CCUCAGGAUACGUAGUUGAAUAUGAGUGAAAAUCGCAGCCGUCGCGUGGAUAGUGGAGAAAGGUGAAAAGCCGUCUGUUGUUAAAAACGUGGCGUUUUUUGGUGGUCCGUGAAGCGAAUAAAACAAGACGUCUGACCGGUUGCAGAGCUCGUUAACACACGACAUCAUGACUGACAGAAAGGCCGUGAUCAAGAAUGCUGACAUGACGGAGGACAUGCAGCAGGAUGCUGUGGAUUGUGCCACACAGGCCAUGGAGAAGUACAACAUCGAGAAAGACAUUGCUGCCUACAUCAAGAAGGAGUUUGACAAGAAGUACAAUCCCACAUGGCACUGCAUCGUGGGACGGAACUUCGGCAGCUACGUGACGCACGAAACGAAACACUUCAUCUACUUCUAUCUUGGUCAAGUGGCGAUCCUGCUCUUCAAGUCAGGCUGAGAAAGGCUUUCUAAUUUCCAUCGCACAAAUUCUGAGCUCAGGCUCCGAACCUGGACUGUGAUGCACUGAUGACUGAUGCCAACACACACACACACACACACACACAUACACACACACCUAUGUAAACACAACCAUACACUUACCCUGAGAAAAUAGCUAUGGAGUCUGUCCAUAAGUGCAUGGACCGUGUACAAUAUUUAAUUUGUAUAUGUUGCUUUUCUGUAGUUGCUCUUGAGUUAAAGCAACUUUUUUUGCUGAGUAUUUUUGCAAAGUUGAAUUUUGUUUUUGCACUAAAGUUGUAUAAACUGCUUUGACUGCUGCAUUUGAGUAAUAUUAAAGAAUAAAUACAUCAUA